AACAAAAGAGAGUUGGUCCUCGUCCAGAUGAUUCACAUCCUAUUGAUAGAGACGGACCUUUUCGAGAACAAUAUUGAAACCAAUAUCGCGGAUCGUAAAGACCAGAAGCAGAAGAUUCGUCAUUUCGCCACAGCGGUUGCAACGCUGUGGGCCGGUAUCUUUAACAAAGGCAAGCACAUUUUCGAUGUGGUCAACAUCAGCGGCGCAAGUCUAAGCAAGUACUCCGAGUCGAUGGAGCGCGUAUACACCCCAACCGAUCAAGCU